ACAGCACAAUGGAUAAAAUUAGUAGCGCUAAUUACUACAAAUAUGGCUUGCCAAUGGCAACACAGCGUGGCAGCUUGCUGUUGCAAAUGCUGCUGCAGGCAAAUCUUGUUGUGUUUCUGAUCUGGUGCUUUGGCUAUUUGCUGCAGCUGCUCCAUGCGUCGCACAGCUUGUGGAACUAUCAGGGACUGGCGCUGCUGCUCUGCUAUGUGCUGGCUGUGGCUGCGGAGUCAGUGCGUCUUUACGCUUGCUUUGCCAUCAAUCUGAGCACAACUGGCGCAUCGACCAUGUGGCUGCUGUUGACGCUUACGCCCUGUGUGCUGCUGCCCAGUUUGGUCUAUUUGCGUCUGGGCUAUGCGAAUCCCAUGCUCUUGGCACGCUGCAAUGACCUGUGGCUGCUGCUGCUGGCGCUCGAGGUGCUGCUGGCGCUUGUGCAAUAUCUUUGCUGCAACUCAAGCCAACAGCAGCAGCAGCAGCUGGACUCUGCCAAGACCAAAUCCUUGCUGUUGGCAGGCUUGCAGCUGCGUUGCCGUCUCGCUGGCUUGCCACAAAUUUAAGGCGGCAUUACGU